GAGAUCAAACGUGUUAUGAUUUAUCGGGAGUUUAGAGUUAGUUAAUUUUAAUUCCAUUUCUAAGGGACUGAAGAUUGUUCUUUUAUUGCUCUAAAGCAAGGCUGGGUUACUGUGGUGAGUGUGUUCUCAUUAUGUUAGACUUCUUGAAUCUUGAUGAUUGAAAAGCCAUACAGCAAUCUAUUGUUAUUGACGAUGAUGACGACGGCCAAGAACCCGAAACCACCGCUUCUUCUCCGAGUUCUCCGACUGCCCCGGAAUCUCCCCAAGCGCCGAAUAAUUCCUCUGCUGCAAAGGUUUCCGCAAAAGAAUACUAUGAGGCAUUCUUCGUUAACCCUGAAUGCAAGACUGAAUGUGCUAAAGGACAGGCGAGAAGCUGGAAAAAGUACUCCGCGACGUGUAAACUGUGUGCUGAAUCGGAUGCAAAGAGGCUGGUGAAUGGAGGAGCGGAUAGCUUUGACGCGUUCAAAAAACAUGUUACGCGGCAUCAUUCGAAGACGAAGGACUAUACGGAGUUUAUUGCCAAGAAAGUCAAAGAUAACGAGAUCUCGCAAACUAAGCUAUCCAAGGAGCAGCCAUGACCGAAUUCGUGAUACAAAAAGUUGAACCGUACGGUGUCCGGUGCGCGCCGCACCUUAUCUUUGGCCAUUGGUAGCGCAAUGGCAGAUGCGCAGGUUAUCAACCAAGUUAUUGAAGGUCUUGCUGGGAUCGUUAACCGUGUUAAGCAUUCGCAGUCGGAGACAACCAUUCUGGAGGAAGCGUUCAAGAAAACCUUUGUCAGCCGCAAUCAGACCAGAUGGAACUCGAACUUUUUAAUGGCCAAGCGGGCGGCGGAAUUUGAUUGGGAAAGAUGUGGACUCUCUCAGAAAAAUAUUUUGAAACCUGCGCACCGCCUUGUAUUGCAAGCGUUUGUAAAUCUUAUGGAAGUUUUCAGUGCAUCGUUUAAGAUUCUGCAGACGGCCGACUAUCCUGUAAUUGGAGACGUUAUUCCUAUUUUAUGUGGACUUCGCAGGCAUAUCAAAACAUGCCAAAAGAAUAUAGACUUCGUGUUAUUGCAAGAUUUUAUGAAAGGCUUGCUGAAACAACUAGACGAAAGAUUUGGUGCUGUGGAAAAAGACAACCUGUACCUUGCCGCUGCUUUUUUGGAUCCCAAAUAUAAGCUUCUGUGGUGUAAUAGCUUUGGACCUGAAAAAUCUGCUGAGAUGGUUAUCAAAACCAAGGCGCUCAUGCUGGGUAUGAUGCAAGAAGUUGGCUGCAGUCAAGACGUGCAGUUUAAAGAAAGCAGGAAUAGUUUUGUCGGUCCGGAUUUCCUGAACUUUUUAUACAGAGGAUAAAGUAGCUUGAGCGGCCGUUUGUCGAUGCAACAGGACAGCGGAAGUGACAAAGCUGCAACGUGCGAAACUGAACUAGAGAUGUAUAUUGCCUCUUCGUGGAUAGGGACGAACCCCCUGGAAUUCUGGAAAAGUGCUGAAGCGGCCUGCUUGCCACGUUUGAAAAUUCUUGCCAAACAAGUUUUAUGCGCUCCAGCAACGACCGCUGACGUCGAACAGAUGUUUAGUGUUGCGGGAAUUUUGCUCAGUAACAGGAGAUUAAAAACUUCGGAUGAGCAUUUCGAGAGAUUACAGUUUUGUAGUAUUGAUACGCGGCGGUUAGAUGGUGAUUUAAAUGUGGUGGUAAGAGAAAGCUGAAUAGUUGACGGUGAUAAUAAAAUGUACGGCGAUACUAUAAUUUCAAGCUAAGGGUGAAAUUUCUUAAAAGUAAGAUUUACGAUGCAGGUUGAAAAAAUAAUAACUUUCCAAACGUAUGGCAUACUUGAAACAUUUUAACAAAAAAGGCUGUAACAAUA